ACAAUAACAAUCUUCUUUAAUUUCUCUCUACAAAAUUAAAUCAUGGCUAAGAUAAAAUCAUCAGGUGCCCAAAGCUUCAAGAGGCUCAAGUUCAGAUCCCUUUUGGGUUCAGACCCAUCAAUUUCCACCACUACCACAACAAACCACAAUGAAAAACACGAUCAUGACCAUAUCUACAAUCGCCGCAUAAGUAAUGCAUCAAUCGAAAGCUCAUUCCAUGGAGACGAAUCAGUCGACGAAACAGAUUCAACAGUAUCUUCAAAUUCACCCCAUCCCAUGUCACCUUGGAUUCCAUCCUCACCAUUCAAGAAAUCACCAUGGAUCCUAGCGCCGGGAUUUGUCCCCUCCUCCGACGAAUACCCAUGGUACGGACUCAUCGGAUCACUCGUCCGGGAGGAAGGUCAUGUCUACUCCCUUGCAGCCUCCGGCGGAUUGCUCUAUACUGGUUCAGAAAGCAAAAACAUACGUGUCUGGAAGAACAUGGAGGAAUUCUCAGGAUUCAAAUCAAGCAGCGGAUUUGUAAAGGCAGUUGUUAUAUCCGGAAAUAAAAUUUUCACCGGACAUCAAGAUGGUAAAAUCAGAGUUUGGAAAUAUUCACCUAAUAAAUCCGGAUCCAACCCUUAUAAACGCGUUGGAGGUUUACCCAGAACGAAAGACUAUAUCAUGACCUCAUUCAACCCAAAAAACUACGUCCAAGUUAGAAGACGACGAAGAAUCCCCUGGAUUAAGCAUUUUGAUGCCAUUUCAUGUUUGAGUUUGGAUGAAAGUCAGGGCCUUCUUUACUCAGGUUCGUGGGAUAAAACAAUGAAAGUAUGGAGAAUCUCCGAUUCAAAAUGCUUGGAAUCAAUUAACGCCCACGACGACGCCAUAAACUCUCUCGCCGCCGGAUACAGAGGAUUUGUUUUCACAGGAUCGGCAGACGGUACGGUGAAGAUCUGGAGGAGGGAAUUAAUUGGAAACGUUUCAAAACAUGUUUUAAUUAGAAUACUAGUUAAACAAGAGAGUGCUGUUACUGCCAUUGCAGUGAAUCCCUUAACGAGGAUUGUUUACUGUGGGUCGUCGGAUGGGUUAGUGAAAUUCUGGGAAGCGGAUAAGCAGUAUUUCUCGAUGGGUGGCAUUCUACGGGGACAUAAGAUGGCGGUUUUGUGUUUGGCUGUAUCUGGAAACCUUAUUUUUAGUGGGUCGGCGGAUAAGAGUAUCUGCGUUUGGCGGAGAGACAAUGGAGGAGGAAGGGACCAUAGUUGUUUGACUGUGCUUACUGGACAUGAUGGGCCUGUAAAGUGUUUGGCAAUUGAGGAAGAUGAUCGAGAGAAUGGUGAUCGGACGGUGUACAGUGGGAGUUUGGAUAAAUCAGUGAAAGUGUGGCGAGUAUCUGAUCGGAAAGUGUGUUUUGACGAUAAUAGUUUCCGACAGAGCGUGUAAAUUACUACAUACGUACGUGUUUGAGAAUAUGAAACGGUUGCAGUUAGUGGGUCCUGAAAAGACGGUUGAGAUAGGACCACGUGGUCAUCUUGUCAGUCGUAGGUGACUUGGCUUUCAUGUCAAGCGCGUAGGUAGACUAGAUUUGACCGCGCUGUUUGAACGGCCUAAAUUGUGUUUCUUCUGCGGAUGCGCACACACACGAUAAAUGGACGGUCUAAUUGUGCAUUAUUAUUAUUAUAAUAAUAAUAAUAUAUUG